AUGCGUGUGAUGACCUCUCCUUUCACGCUGCCGUCUGUACCUGGCCAGCCUCGCCUACUCCAGCUCAAUCUGCUGGUAUUGAACGGCCCCGGCCUAAAUGCCAGUUUCGCAAUUGAGGUCGACACCCCAUUUCCCGCUGCCACUUCUGGUGUCAACAACGAAGCUCCGAGCCGAUGCCCCGAAGUUCAACAGAAUGGAAGUGACACCACCAUCCCCGCUGCCACCGCUACCACUGCAGAUCAGCCUCCCGGUGGGCUGGCUGCUCACAUCAAGCGACUCGACUACAGCAUAGCCCAAGUAGGAGCUAGUGGCAUCCUCUUGUGCGACGCCCUUGACGCCAUGAGCGUGAUGCCAGCGCAACGUGUUCCUAUCCUUCGCCCAACGAUGUUCUGGACACGUGCGACCUUGGACAUAAUUAUCAACAAACGCAUCGAGAAGGUUGAGUCUGCGCUUUUGCAGACUGUGGGUACUCGUGCCCAGUACCCAUGCGAUGCCUAUCAGCGAGGCCGUGGGCCAUGA